AUGGCACCACCGUGGGAAGGCUUUCCAGCGGGGGUGCCGGUAUGUCAUUCCUUCGAUACCCUCCAGUCGGCACUCUGGACAGAACCCGAUUUGUCCCUUGAUACCGACUGGAACUUCCUAUCCUUGAAUCCAACUACGCCAUACCCCAUCACUUUCGACGAUAUCCCCGUGAAUACGGGGUACGAUACCCCUACUUUCAACUCUCUGUCGGAUUCCGGAUCAAUCGAGCAUCACAACUUUGUCCCCGCUUCUCUGGCUCCUAGCUCAGCCAAUUCAGAUGGUCAUUCGCAGCCUUCUCCUGUAUCGCAAUUCCCUGUCCCCGUCUCGACUUCCACUUCUACUUCCAGCCCCGCCUCUCAGGACGACGUUUUGAGUCGUGUUGAUUCCUCGCGUGUGGAGAAGCGGAAGCUGAACACACUGGCGGCGCGGAGGUGUCGGCAGAGACGGGUUGAUCGGAUGAAGGACCUGGAAGAUGAAUUGGAAAAAGUCCGAAAGGAAAGAGAUGAGUGGAGAUUGAAGUGCUCAAAGCUUGAAGGUGAAACGGAUGCUUUGAAGGGUCUUCUCUCUCGUAAGAGCUAA